AUGCGGGAGAUUACCAUUGGCACUCAAGACAAUAGGAGCGUCACUCUUCGGCUGCACAGAUAUAAGAGAGUGGAGGAUGAGAAAAUACAUUGCGAGUAUCUGAUAAAUCUCUGGAUAGCGGAAGGACUCAUUCCCCAAGGAGAAGACCAAUGGGAAGUUGCUUGGAGUUACUUAUACGAGUUAGCUAAUCUGUGCUUGCUUGAAGUAUGGGAGGAUUGGAGCCUAAUCAAGUAUUGCAAGAUCCAUGACUUGCUACUUGAUUUGGCCAUUGAUAUAGCUAAGGUAAACAGAUGUACAUUUGCUCUUGAAGAUGUCUUUACAUCUGAGACAAAAAGUGAUCUUUGGCGUAGAAUUUUAGUGGCCAAAAAGGAGAUAGAUGAUGAAGUCAUUGCAAAAGGCAUGGUUUGUUGUCCCAGAUCUCUUCGCACUUUGUCACUACAUAAUAAUCCCAUUGAAAAAUUCGAGGCAAAAUUCUUCAGCCCUGUGAGACUGUUAAGAGUUCUCGACUUGAGCCGAACUCAGAUCUCCACAUUGCCCCCAUGUGUUGGUAAGCAAAAACUUCUCAAGCUUUUAAAUUUAUCAUGGACAACUAUUAAGGAGGUACCAAUAUGCGUGAGAAGUCUCACGAGCCUUGUCAUGCUCGACCUAUCUUGGUGCCGACAGCUGCAAAGGUUACCAGAGUGGAUAAAUGAAAUGAAAAGUCUCGAGCAUCUCAAUGUAAAGGAUUGCCAUUAUGAGCUGGGAAUUCAUAUGCCCAAGGGAAUAUCAGAGCUGGUGUCUUUGCGGGUACUUAGGUCAGAUCGUUUACGGCUCUCUGUUGAAGAUAAUGGGUUGUUAAAGUUGGAGGAUGUGGCCAAAUUAACACACCUCCAAGAACUAAGCUUAAGUUCAGCAUGA